UCUGUGAAACACCACAUCGCAUCCAAAAGGCACAGAGAUGCUGUGGAAAAGGCCAAGAGAGACUCGGCACAUGCUGAAACACGUGAGCGUUUAAGGCAAAGUGCUUGCAGAAACUCCUUGAUGGCGGCAUACCACGUUAUGAAACAUUCUCUGGCCCGUGUGAUGUACGAAAACACUAUAGUGCUUUGUGAUCUCACUGGAUCAAAGAUGGGCGAUCUUUGCCACUCUGGUCCCCAAAUGCAGCGCUUUAGGCAUGCCUUCAGUGACGUUGUCCUGGAUCAUGUAGCACGCUACGUUGAGCGGAUGCCCUGCGUUGGUAUCGUGGCGGACAAGGUGACAGUACAGCACCGGACUGUGGACAUCACCGGGAUAUUAACGCUUGUCCCAGAAGCUCAUUGCGAUGAGCUAAUUCAGAGCUUUGUAAUUGGUGCCCCAGUGGUAGCGCACCAUGAUGGCGAAUCCCUUGCGGAGGAGUGGGUGAACACUGUGAAGCGAGUGAACAUUCAGGACACGGCUAAAAUAGCCGCUGUCUGUACAGAUGGACAAUACCACGGUGCCGAUGUUCCUGCCAAAUUCUUGGCGAAACUGCAGUCCAGCCACUCGGACUACGCGGCGCGUUCAAGAUCACCAUCCGUUCCGUGCCUGUGGGACAACGCGCACUUACUGGACCUCGCCGAGAGCAGUGCGAGAAGGGAGCUGUCUUCCAAGUGGGUGGAUGAUGUGGUCGACGCCAUCAGCCGCGUCGUUAAACGGUUUUCCUACGGGAAAGGCCGCGAGGUUUUCAUAGCGGCGGGCAAACGCAUGGGGAUAGAAACCAGAGGCUUGCUCCUUUGGUCAGAGACCCGUUUUUCCCCUCACGCUGCCAAUGUCAUCGAGGCAUUCGUCACAAACCUGCCCGUACUGGCAGUCGCUCUGGAGGACCAGCUAGUGGCCAGCUGUGCCUCAGCGGGCAGCCGUACAGUUCAGCAAGCCGAGAUCAAGCAGGACAUCAAACUUCUGAAAGAUGCGUCAUUUCGGGCGCGCCUACUGGCACUGCUAGAUCUCUACUCGGUUAUGUCGAGGACAAGCAAGUCUCUUCAGAACCUUCAGCUACUCCCAUGGCAGCGUCAGAACACUUACGAGGAGAUGGUGAAUGACCUUGGCGAGAAAAGGAAAAAGCUGGGCUUUUUUCAACAGAGAGGCUCCGCCGCAAUGUCUGCACUUCAAAUCCAAGAAAUGCUUCAGGAAGGCGACGACGAUGACAUGGCGGCGUUCUGGCCGAACCUCUCCAAAUGCGGCAUAAACCUGCCUCAGUCAGUGGUGAAGGAAAUAUUGGCGUUCACGCGAGCCCUGGAGACUCACUGCGCCAGCAGAGAACAUGGUGUGGACGCCAGAGGGCGGACGCGGGGCUGCCACAAUCUGCAACUGAAGGAGAAGAUGGUCCAGGUCAGACAGGCAGCAGAUCUCGAGAGGCUUCAACAAUCUCCCACCUCAUCCGCCAUCACCGAGGUAGGAAGGGCGCUGAGUGCCCUGCAGCACGCUUCGUUGAUUCCACCCGCUCCGAUUCCCUGGGAAUCAGUCGCUGCUACUUUCAAGGAACUGAAAAGCAUGCAGCAUGGCACCAACCAGAAACUGUUCAAGGAACUCUGGCUCAGGGAUGACCAUCGUCUCUUGCCUUACUUGAGUUUAGUGGCGCGUCUGUGGCUAUUGAGCCCGUCCGAAAGCGUAGUAGAGAGUAUGGCCUCGGUGGUGAAGGCCGUGUUCGGUGUAUCGUCGUCCCGCGUCCUUGACCAUGGCAACGCCGAAAAAGAGCUCAUCGUUAGAUGGAACGGCCCUAGCGUGCCGCAGGCUGACGGUCUAAUAGCGGCAGUCGUGCAGAAGUAUCCUCACCUGGAUAACUUCGUCAGGUCCACGCUGUCACAGCAGGUGGAAGGCAAAGUGAUAGCCCGCCACAAAGCUCACAGAUGUGCAAAAUCGCAUAUAUAUCCGCGCACUACACCGAGCUAAGUGAAGAGGUGUGUACAUUGCGAUGUGAUAGCAGUAGCUCCCAUGUGUUUGCUGUAUCUAUUCUGCACCUUUGUAAUGUUUCGUUGUCCUCGAAUGGUGUGACAGUCACGUGCUGAGCAGCAUAUAAGUGAUGAUACGUUGGAGGCUGUCAGAGCCCAGCUCACUCACUUUUGACAUUGGUUGUAAGUGAAAUGAAGUGUACUUGGAUGUAAAAUCAAUGAAGUUUUACAUUAGUAAAUUGCCAUUGUUCCGCAACAAUAUUACCAAUACACCAUGCUUGUGUAUCUGCAGCGCUAUUUGUCAUUGCUAUGCUUUGUGACCUUUUUACGCAUACGUCUAUAACAUUUUUUGCAAUAUCUGUAAGACCAACCUUACAGUUGAA